AUGACAGUAGAACAACAAGUACCAGAUAAAUUUCAAGGUUUUGCAGUUGACAAAGCUGAAAAUUGGGAUCAUCCUAAAUUAGUUUCAUAUGAUAGAAAAAAAAUUAAUCCUCAUGAUGUCGUUGUAAAAAAUGAAACUUGUGGAUUAUGUUAUUCAGAUAUUCAUACAAUCACCGCUGCAUGGAGUCCAAUCAAUACCAACAAAGGUGAAUAUGGUUUAGUUGUUGGACAUGAAAUUGCAGGAACUGUUAUUGCAGUCGGUUCAGAAGUUAAGGAUUUCAAAGUUGGGGAUAGAGCAGGUAUUGGAGCAGCAUCAUCUUCUUGUUUGGAUUGUAACAGAUGUAAACAUAACAAUGAACAAUAUUGUACUAAAGCAGUUGCAACUUAUAAUUCAAAGGAUUCAAAAGCUGAUGAUUAUGUAACUCAAGGUGGAUAUUCAUCUCAUAGUAUUGCACAAGAUCAAUUUGUUUUCCAUAUUCCAGAUAAUUUAGAGUUCAAAUAUGCAUCACCAUUGUUCUGUGCAGGUAUAACAGUAUUUUCACCAAUUGUCAGAAACUUGCAGUUAUUAGACGAAGAUAAAAUUGAAGAUCCAAGUAAAACUGAAAAAUCUCAAUUAAAGUCAGCAAAAGGUAAAACCGUAGGUAUAAUUGGUAUUGGAGGAUUAGGACAUUUAGCUGUUCAAUUUUCAGCUGCACUUGGUGCAAAAGUAGUUGUAUUUUCAAGAUCAAACAGCAAAAAGGAACAAGCUUUCGAAUUAGGUGCCUCAGAGUUUGUAGCCACUCAAGAAGAUGAAAACUGGCCAUCAAAAUAUGAAGAUACUUUUGAUUUGGUCUUGAAUUGUGGUUCAGGUUCAGAUGGUUUAGAUUUACCAAAAUAUUUGUCAAUUUUGAAAGUCAAUAAAAAUUUCAUAUCAGUUGGUUUACCACCAACAAGUGAAAAAUUUGAAGUCAGUCCAUUUACAUUCUUGAAACAUGGUGCUGCAUUCGGUUCAUCUUUAUUAGGUUCAAAGAUUGAAGUUGAAGAAAUGUUGAAAUUAGCUGGUGAACAUAAUAUUAAACCAUGGAUCGAAGAAGUUCCAAUCAGUGAAGAGAAUGUUCAUAAAGCUUUAAAAAGGUGUGAAGCUGGUGAUGUAAGAUACAGAUUUGUCUUUACCGAAUUCGAUAAAGCUUUUGGAGGAGUUGAAAAAAAUUGA